UGUCAGAGCCCAGGUUUGGUUACACAUGCAGCAGCUUAAUGUUCUACCAUACUGAGGCAAUACAAACACAAAAAAUAGUUAAAUGAUGGCUAUUUUUGCUGACAAAGCUCUGGCUUUUCUACGAGUUCACGCGUUCACGUGUAUGAUGAUAGCGUACGGCCUCUUCAUCGUUAUCGGUGCCGUUGUUUUGAUGAAACUGGAGCAACCUGAGGUGAAUUUGCUUGUUAAAGAGGUCCGUGAACUGAAAGCUCGUUUUCUGGCAGAUAACCCUUGUGUUGAGGAGAGCAGUUUGGAUCGUUUGUUAAUGAACGUGCUUUCCGCCGGUAAACGUGGCGUGGCCGCGCUGGAGUCCGCCAGCGAUAAGUGCAACUUCGACUUUACGUCGUCGCUGUUUUUCGUUAUUACCUUCCUCACGACUACAGGUUAUGGCACCACUGUGCCUCUCUCGGAUGAGGGCCGUGUGUUCUGUGUUGUUUACUGUCUUGUGGGCAUCCCCUUCACCAUGCUGCUGCUGUCCAGCCUUACUCAUGCCCUCCUGCCCUGGGUAACACACACCCCUAUUCACAACCUUCAAGUCUUCUGGGGACUGUCUCGCAACCAUGCUGCGUUGCUACACUGCAGCGUGCUCGCCUUUUGCACAGCGACAUUGUUCUUUCUUCUGCCUGCUGGUGCCCUCUGCCUGCUGGAGAAUGACUGGAGUUACCUGGAGUCACUCUACUUUUGUUUUAUCUCACUUAGCACGACAGGACUUGUUGACUUCCUGCCUGGGAGGACGCAAAGCCGAGCAGCACGUCAGGGGCUGGAGUUUGCAACCUCCUGUUACCUGAUGCUUGGACUGAUUGUCUUGCUUGUCGUUGUGGAAAGCUUAUGGGAACUGCAGCAGGUUCAAGCCAUUCAGCGUUUUUUCACUGGACCGCGGCAGGGUGAGCUGAAGGGGGUGGGUUUGGAUGAGCUUGUGCUCAGUGGAGACAUGGCAGGUGCAGAGGAGGAACCUCAUUACACCCUGCCUAUAUCCACCAUCUCCCCUGCUUUGUUAGACUCACCUGCUACUCCAACAAUAGAGCUGCCACCGAUCUUUGGCCUGCCACCCAAGGAAAAUGUUCCCCCUUCACUAAGACCAAACCCCACUCCAGAUCUGUGCCAAUCCACUUCCACUACAUAACUGAUACAAUGGAACUGGACAUUGUAAGAAGAAUAAAUGAUAUCCAAGAAUGAAGCUGGCAAACACUAGGUGGUACAGUUGAUUUGAUUUAUUUAAAAUUGAUUUGGUCUACCAGCAUGGCAUGCAGUGAGUGGAAUUUGGCCACAUAAGUGUAUAAUCCGAUUUAUGAAUCAUUUAUAAAACAGAUUAUAUGAAUAUAUAUGAAUAUAUUAUUUCUUAAUAA